AUGAGGGUAACACUGGGCCAGAUAAUCAUGAGGGUAACACUGGGCCAGAUAAUCAUGAGGGUAACACUGGGCCAGAUAAUCAUGAGGGUAACACUGGGCCAGAUAAUCAUGAGGGUAACACUGGGCCAGAUAAUCAUGAGGGUAACACUGGGCCAGAUAAUCAUGAGGGUAACACUGGGCCAGAAAAUCAUGAGGGUAACACUGGGCCAGAUAAUCAUGAGGGUAACACUGGGCCAGAUAAUCAUGAGGGUAACACUGGGCCAGAUAAUCAUGAGGGUAGCACUGGGCCAGAUAAUCAUGAGGGUAACACUGGGCCAGAUAAUCAUGAGGGUAACACUGGGCCAGAUAAUCAUGAGGGUAACACUGGGCCAGAUAAUCAUGAGGGUUCCCAAGAUCACAUAGUGAUUUAUACUAGCUCUAAUUCUGUGAAUGUAUAUUUCUAAUGUUCUUGACUUCCUACACCAUGUCGAUGCCAGGGCCCUUGGCAUGAGGAUCUUGAACAGUCAUGCCACCUUUGUGAAUGAGAUUUAUACUGUACAGCCAGUUCAGUCACUCUACUAACAGAAGUUAGAAAUAAUACUGCAAUCACUGACCUAUAGGCUGCAAUGCAUAUAUAGGGAGAAUCUCAAUUGCAUUGCCUUGAUUCCUCAAAUCCUUCUUGAAACCCAUUGCAUGAGAAGGUCAGAGGUUUGACUUUCUCAUCCAAUGGGGUUUUGAGAAAAAGGCGAGGAGAGAGGGUGCGAGGAAUCAAGGAAAUGCAAUUGAGAUUCUCCCAGAUUCACUGGGGUGCCCGCUGGGAGAUAAUGUAGCUAUCACCACCUUGUUGUGAUUUAUUUCUACUACAGUCCUGACUAAUUAAGUCACUUUCCAAGCAUCAAUAGGCUGGCUCACUCAAAUUCUGUCACAAUUUCACGGCUCACUCAAAUUCUGUCACAAUUUCACGGCUCACUCAAAUUCUGUCACAAUUUCACGGCUCACUCAAAUUCUGUCACAAUUUCACGGCUCACUCAAAUUCUGUCACAAUUUCACGGCUCACUCAAAUUCUGUCACAAUUUCACGGCUCACCCAAAUUCUGUCACAAUUUCACGGCUCACUCAAAUUCUGUCACAAUUUCACGGCUCACCCAAAUUCUGUCACAAUUUCGCGGCUCACUCAAAUUCUGUCAUAAUUUCACGGCUCACUCAAAUUCUGUCAUAAUUUCACGGCUCACUCAAAUUCUGUCAUAAUUUCACGGCUCACUCAAAUUCUGUCACAAUUUCACGGCUCACUUAAAUUCUGUCACAAUUUCACCAGUCAAGACUAGGUAUAAAUCCAAAAAUUAGGCUUAAUUACAAAAAAUAAAUGAUCUUUGGACAUCAUAGUGGCCAAAAGUUGAGUGAGGAAAAGUGCAUAAUAAAAUGCUGCUGAUGGCUUGAUACCGAAACAGCUUUUAGUUCUCACCUUUUAUUCCUGCACCAUGAUGUCCAAAUAAAACAUUUAUUUGAGCAUUUCAGCCUCAGUUUUGGAUUUAUUCCUCUUUAGACAGUGUGCGGGUUUCCAUCUCUUUCAGUAUUCACAUUUUGAUACCUACGCACCUGGAAUCGACAUGGAUUUGUAAUAAGGACCUUUAAAAAAAGAGUGCAGGCUGCCUCCUUUCAUUGCCAGUAAAGACUAUACACACUUGCAGUUUUGUACAAAUGUCUCUUUAUUUAGUGAAAGGCAACCCCAAUCCACAUCGUCCCCACCCUCUUGUCAGUGCAGUCCAUCUUCUGUCUGUGGUGGAGCCACUUCAUGAUGUCCUUCUCCUGUUCCAUUGGAAUGUUCUUCUGUAUCAUUUGGCAAUAUAACAAUCUGUAACAGGACACACGCAGGGAUCAUAGACAUGAAACACUAUGGCGAAUGAGUGUCGGAACUAGGAAACUGAGAAAUGUCCGACUUGGAAACUCAUUGUAAAAAGAUAAUACCCGAUAGGAAGCUCCACAAAAGAAAAUGUUCAACUCAGAAGUUCCGACUUUUCAUGAAUGCAGCGUAAGUCUCCGUGAUUGUUUCCUUACCUGUCAGACAUAGAUGCCGACCCACAGUAACAGAAACAGCACUCCAAAGCCCAUGAAGAGAGACGCCACCAGGGAGAUGAGCAGCUCUUUGUACACGUCCCUGGUGUAUUUAGUAGACGUCACUUCGUAGCUGGGAGAGAGUUAAGGUGCAAAACAUAAUGGUACACAAGAGACCAACAGUUAUAUCCAGUCUUUCUAAAAAAAAAAGAAAAGGGACUUAUUGCCAACACAUUCCCCUACAGUAGUGUACAGUAUCCCUAUGUGAAUAUUUAGACUCACCAACAGCUUCUAUUCCACAUCAAGACUCACCAACAGCUUCUAUUCCACACCAAGACUCACCAACAGCUUCUAUUCCACAUCAAGACUCACCAACAGCUUCUAUUCCACACCAAGACUCACCAACAGCUUCUAUUCCACACCAAGACUCACCAACAGCUUCUAUUCCACACCAAGACUCACCAACAGCUUCUAUUCCACAUCAAGACUCACCAACAGCUUCUAUUCCACAUCAAGACUCACCAACAGCUUCUAUUCCACACCAAGACUCACCAACAGCUUCUAUUCCACACCAAGACUCACCAACAGCUUCUAUUCCACACCAAGACUCACCAACAGCUUCUAUUCCACACCAAGACUCACCAACAGCUUCUAUUCCACACCAAGACUCACCAACAGCUUCUAUUCCACACCAAGACUCACCAACAGCUUCUAUUCCACACCAAGACUCACCAACAGCUUCUAUUCCACAUCAAGACUCACCAACAGCUUCUAUUCCACAUCAAGACUCACCAACAGCUUCUAUUCCACACCAAGACUCACCAACAGCUUCUAUUCCACAUCAAGACUCACCAACAGCUUCUAUUCCACACCAAGACUCACCAACUGCUUCUAUUCCACACCAAGACUCACCAACAGCUUCUAUUCCACACCAAGACUCACCAACAGCUUCUAUUCCACAUCAAGACUCACCAACAGCUUCUAUUCCACAUCAAGACUCACCAACAGCUUCUAUUCCACAUCAAGACUCACCAACAGCUUCUAUUCCACAUCAAUUCUUGUUCAGUCACAAAAUUGA